AUGACUAUUGCUGCAUAUGCGUAUGAAACAAAUGAAGCAAGAAGAGCACAUGAACUAGUAAACGAAAACUCAACUUUAACCAUUGAAGGCAAUGAUUUAGUCAUUGACGAUGGAAAAACUAAAAAAGUCAUUGAUUUCGAUACUUUUAACACUUAUGACCCAUUCAUUACAACAAGCAAGGUUCCCAUCAUAAAUGAUGGAACGGUGCAAUAUAUAAAUUCUACAGUAGAUGCCUCAUUAGUGAAAGUAUUAAAUGUUCUCAUUGAAUUGUUAAAGAGCUUUCGAUUUGACGACAACAUUAAAUGCCUAUAG